AUGGGUCGCUCGACUCGCUCGAAUCGCCGACCGCUGGUCUGUACGUGCGAUCGGUUGUCUUUGUAUUACAGGUUGACGUCCUCCAUUUCAGCAUCUCCCUGCUCCCAAAAUGUUGAUAUGCGACCUUCACAGCCUUUCCUCCUCACACCACCCCCACGACUCUCGCAGCCUCUCGACGCCAACACGCCCGAGACAUCGACACAAUGGCCCCAAUCCUUCACACCGACCCAUCGCGGCAUAAUUGAUUCAUCCAAACGCAUUUCCUCGGCAACUAUCACCUUGCUUUCGAUUUCUCCUUUCGUGAUACUUGGGGUAGUUAGUGCCUGCUGGCCACAUUCGAUCAGCAACGUUGAAAGUCUGAAAGCCUGGUAUCAAACCAUGAAUUGUUUCUUUCUCAACUUCUCUCCUCCUUCACUGGCGUUUGCAUAA